UCAACUCUCAAUGAAAGCAUUUCGUUUUUUUUUUCUUUUGCCGCAUGUGAGUGAGACGUUGUCUUGUCUGCCGUUCGAUUCUUAUCUUCUACCGAUCAAACUUUUCAUGCCCGAACUUUUGAAGCAUUUGAUUUGCUACCUGGUACAGAGACAGCAUAAUUUUUUACAAAAAAUAUAAAAUUUAUACUCAAAUCUCUGCAUAUUACAGUCCAUGGCUUCACAUGAUCACCAUCAUGACCACGACCAUCAUCAUCAUGAUCAGAGAACAAGCUCAUGGGUAGGGGCGGAUGGGAGAGCGUACCAUAGUCACGAUGGAUUAGCACCUCAUUCUCAUGAACCCAUUUACUCUCCUGGGUUUUUCAGUAGACGAGCUCUUCCAAUUCUUACCAGGGAUUUCAAUGAACGAGCUUUUACUAUUGGUAUUGGUGGACCUGUCGGUACUGGGAAAACAGCCUUAAUGUUGGCUAUAUGCAAAAUCUUGCGGGACAAGUACAGUCUUGCAGCUGUGACAAAUGAUAUUUUCACCAAGGAGGAUGGUGAAUUCUUGGUUAAGAAUGGAGCACUUCCUGAGGAGAGGAUACGUGCUGUGGAAACCGGAGGUUGCCCACAUGCUGCAAUUCGUGAAGAUAUCAGUAUUAACCUUGGUCCUCUUGAAGAUCUAUCUAAGUUAUUCAAAACAGACAUCCUACUUUGUGAAUCUGGUGGAGAUAAUUUAGCUGCCAACUUCAGCAGGGAGCUAGCAGACUAUAUCAUAUAUAUAAUAGAUGUAUCCGGUGGUGACAAAAUUCCUCGGAAAGGUGGCCCUGGCAUCACCCAAGCUGAUCUUCUUGUUAUCAACAAGACCGACCUUGCUGCAGCUGUUGGAGCCGACUUGGCAGUCAUGGAACGUGACGCACUUCGAAUGCGUGAUGGUGGACCAUUUGUCUUUGCUCAGGUUAAGCACGGAGUGGGUGUAGAGGGGAUUGUGAACCACAUAUUACAGGCCUGGGAGGUAACAACAGGGAAGAAGCAGCAUUAGCAUAUGCUUUCAAAAGUUUCGGCGUCUCCGAUGGUACUCUUUAAAACAAAGAAUCUGUCUUUUAAAUAAAUAAAAUUUUAUGUAUAUAUAUUAACUCCAGUGAAUUUAUUUUACAACUCUAUAUAUACCGUGUGUUAAAUAAUAGUAUUAAUUUAUAAUCCUUCUUAUUUUCUUUUAA